AUGAACAACCAGGCGCGGUCCCCGGCUCCCGCCCAGACCCGGACCUCAAGUCUUGUCCGGGCUUCGGCCCCUACCCGGGCCUCGACCCCGAUCCGGACCCCGACCCCAGUCCAGACCUCGACCCCGGUCCAGGCCUCGACCCCGGUCCGGACCCCGACCCCGGUCCAGGCCUCAACCCCGGUCCGGACCCCGACCCCGGUCCAGGCCUCGACCCCGGUCCGGACUCCGACCCCGGCCUCGACUCCGGUCCGGUUCCCGACUCUGGUCCAGACCUUAAAUCUGGUUCGGAUCCUGUCUCCCGGCCGUACCCCGACCCCAGGCCGUACCCCGACUCCGGUCGGCACCCCGACUCCAGUCCGAACCCCGGCGCCAGUCCGGACCCCAGCUCCAGUCGGGACUCCGACUCCGGUCCGGACCCCAGCCCCAGUGAGGACCCCGGCUCCGGUCGGAACUCCGAAUCCGGUUUGGACCCCGGCUCCUGUCUCAACCCCAGCUCCGGCCGGAACCCCGGCUCCGGUCUGGACCCCGGGUCCGGUUCGGAGCCCGGCCGCAGUCUGGACCCCGACUCUGGCCUGGUUGCCGGGCCCGGCCGCGGUGCAGGCCUCGGACCCCUCCGCGAACCCGGCGCUCGUCUUGGAGCCGUCCCUGGAGCCCGCCCCGGAGCCAGCGCUGUCGGAGGCGGCUCCCGCGCUGUGGAGCCUGAAGCGCGGGCGGCUGUCGAGCGCCGUCGCUGCGCCCGCCCCUGCGCCCGCCCCGGAGCCGCCUCCCGCGCUCUCGGCGUCCGCCGCUGCCAUCCCGGGGGCCACCCGGUUCAACGACUCCUCGGGUCCUGGGCCCGCCCCAGAGCCCGCCCCGGAGCCCGGCGCGAAGCCCGCGCCGAAGCCCGCCCCUUCGGCCAUCUCCGUGUGCUCCAACGCGGCGGCCUCCACCAGCAAGACCCUCCAAAUCGACAAGAGAAUCUUGGUCCGAGUCGUCUACUGCGGCCUCUGAAGCUAUGGCCUUCGGUACAUUCUACUGAAAAAGAACCUGGAGGAGCUAUUUCCAGAUUGUCUGCUCUUUGAGGAGGAGAGAGCUACCCAGGCCUCUGGGGAGUUUGAAGUGUUUGUGAAUGGGAAACUGGUUCAUUCCAAGAAGAAAGGUGAUGGCUUUGUGGACGAGGCCAAGCUGCGGAAAAUUGUGAUUGUUAUCAACGAAGAGAUCAAGAAAAGGUAG